ACUUGUGUAUCUAAAUAGAGUAGCAGAUAUAAAUCCUUGUUUUAGGAAACGAUCCAAACCAGACCAGGUUUGCUCUGCAGAUAAAGGUUAUGUUUUGUGAUUAUCUGUUUAAGCCCAUAAUCCCUCUCUAAUCAGGAAUAUUCAUUGCUCAUAGAGAGCUCGGGGACAUUACAUCAAUAUCAGGUUGUUGUGUGAUCUGAAGCACCAUGCUCGCUGUGCUGCUCCUGCUCCUGAACCUGAACCUGGCUCUGGGCUUCAGGCCGUGUCCCAGCCACUGUCUCUGCUACGAGUCCUCCGACCUGGUGGACUGCAGGGCUCGGGGUCUGGACGGGGUCCCUGCCGGCCUCCACCACGGCACCUGGCUGCUGGACCUGAGCGGGAACAAGCUGACGGAGGUUCGCAGCAGAUCCUUUGUGGGGCUUUGGUCACUGAAGAUCCUCCUGAUGUCCAAAAACAGCAUCCACACUCUGCAGCCAAAGUGUCUGUCAUCGCUGCAGUUUCUGGAGAGGCUGGAUUUGAGUUUUAACCGGCUGCGCUGGCUCCCUCAGGACUUCUCUCAGAGUCUUUCCACCCUGCAGGAGCUCCAGCUGGACCACAACCUGCUGCAGCACCUGGACUCCAGUUCACUGGGAGGUUUUGAAAACCUGCGGAAACUGGACCUCAGUUACAACCGCCUCCGGGAGAUGGAUGUCGGGGCUUUCAGCGGCCUCUCCCGACUGAGACUCCUCAACCUGGAAGGAAACAGUCUGAAUGUGCUGACAGACGGCCUGUUGAGCCGGCAGCAGAGACUGGAGGUGCUGCUGCUCAGCCACAACAACAUCUCACAGAUCCAGACUGAAGCUCUGGCUCCUCUGCGGAGUCUCACUCUGCUGGGUCUGCAGGGGAACCAGAUGGAGCACAUCAGGUUCAAGACCUUCCUGAAGCUCCAGACCACCACCACCCACCUUCAGAUGUCCUCCAACCGCUGGACAUGUGACUGCGAGCUGCAGCGCGACUUCAGCAAGAUCCGUUAUGUUCGACACCUGCAUGUGGAAGACUACAAGGACAUCAUCUGUCAGGCUCCUGCUCGGCAAGCCGGGAGCCUCCUGGCAGCGCUGGACAGCCAGCUGUGCAUCGCUGAGACCGCGUCGGUGCUGGUCAUCACCAUCACCGUGCUGCUGGCUGUGGUUGGUGCCCUGGUCAAAGCAGAACACAACCGCCAGAAGAACAAACAAACUGAUCCAGAGUCAGAGAAACAAGAGAAAUGAUAAUGAUGUGUUUGUUCUUUAAUUUUGUUUGGUUAUUUGUGUGUUUUUUUCAUGACCAGUGUUCUGGGGCCCUUGGACCACAUGGUUUGUGUUUGAUUUAACGUUUAGAUCUGCUUUAAAGCUUCAUUUCUAUCUUCCUUAAUUUGAUUUUAGAGGAUCCAAAUAUUCCCCCGACACCCACAUUAUUAAAGAUUAGAGAGUAUUGGGUCUUAGAACAUUAUGAUUGAGAAUAUGAUGGCCCUUUGCAUGCUCGAUUAUGCCUCCGAAGUUGUUGCAGCACUUUUCGGGUUGAUAGCACAAACUGGAUAUAGAGUGCACAGAACCUGGUCGCACAGGAAUCCGUGAAAUAGCCACGGAUUCGCUUAACUCAAAAUCCAUGGAAUAGCCACGGAAUCACUCAAAUUUCCGUGAAACCGACACGGAUUUCGCUACAAUGACAGUCAUAUCCUGUGGCUAUUCCAUGGAUAUUUUUUCCUAUUGGUCUGUUCCAAGUCACGUGACUUUUAAGGUCCCGGCGGUCAGAACAAAAAACAUGGCGGACAGUUCUCUCAUUUUUAAUGAAAAAAAAAAUCAAUAUUUUGACUUAGUUUCUGCAUAAAAAUGGAUUUUGAUCACAUUUCUAGCGAGAAAUAUAUGUUUUAUUUUCUAAAUAUUCACUCAGUGAAUGUACAUAAUCACUUUGUAUGUUGGAAAUUUGAGUGAUUCCGUGGCUAUUCCAUGGAUUUUGAGUUAAGCGAAUCCGUGGCUAUUCCCGGAUUCCUGUGAGACCAUGUUGAGUGCACAAUGGAGCUCCACUUCCCAGUGUGCAAAAGUGAAUCCAAAAUAUCCCGUUGAUAGCUGCCAUCUUGUGCUGAUGAUGCAAUCUGAAGUCAGAAUGUGUGCAGCAUUGAGUUAUGGUAUCAAGUUCCCACUGAGAACACAAUCUGAGCACAAUGCGUACAAUACAUAAGGUUUUAGUAUAUUCCAAUACAU